CAUUUAAUAAAGGCGCUUAAACUUGAAGCCAGUUACUCCGAAUCUUUGCCAGGCAAAGUUCCAUUCAGUUUAGAGAUGGCAGUUAACGCUGAAGCAGGCAUAGAUGGUCAUUACGCAGUAAGUGUACAAUUACCCAAUGGAUAUACAGUCAAGAGACAGUUGCCAUUUGUAGAUCCCGAUGGAGAUGAUUAUACCAUUGGGCAAAUCAAAGAGCAAAUCUUUUCGGACUUGCCAGUAAACUUUCUUCCAGACGAUUACUCAUUAGUGUUUGUGCCUUUACAAGAAGAGAAUGUUGUUGCCGAUGACCAAGAAACACUGACACAAUAUCACGAACUGUUAGUAGCUGGUUGUAGUGUUAUAUUCCAGUUGAAAGCUUAAGAGUCUAUCUUUUUUUUCAUAUGCUCCUAUUAUUGUUAUAUUAUUCCUUUGAAUUCGAAAGAUUUGACUUUUCAAUAAUAUUUUGUUUUUAUACUUUGUAGCUAUUUUGAUUAAAGAAUUCAAUUAUUUGUAAAUUGUAAUUCUGUUGACACAUGUUCAAGGGUUAGCGCCUAAAAAGACUACAUUCUGUGGAGAUUAUACAUUCUUAUACAAUUGUACAUUGUUUAUAGAGAUUAUACUUCUCUAAUUACUUUUAAGAUUAGAGUCGACUGUUUAUUAGAUUUGUUACGCCUAAAUGAUUUUUUUUGUAGGCCUAUAACAAGCAAUUUUUUUUCUAUAAAAGUGUGAAGUAAGAUUAUUUUCAUCAAUUGAAGGAUUUAAUAAACUUUCCUUUUUUUU